AUGCCUCCAAGGGUGCUAACUCUUACUCCAAGUACGUUUCUCAGUGGUCGGGUAAAAUCGAACCCUACUUUCUUUUGUCGAUCUUCCAGCUCGUCUGGAAGUUUCGAAUCAAAGAAAUGGCAAGGGCGAUGGAACAACGAGCGCUGGGGCGUGGGCGAUCCGAUCACGCAGCUCGCCGCCAAGCCAGUGGGAGUGGAGCUCACGGCAUUUCCAGAGGCAGAGGUGGAUUCGACGUGGGGAAACCUCACGCACGCUCUCUCGGUCCUCUUUUGCGCAUCGAUCAACUUCCUCGAAUUGCCAACUACGUUCUUGGGGCCGUGGUUCUCGUCGAGGCCCGAGAGCUUGAUGACGAGGUAUGGAGCACUCCCAAGAGAAGCACUCUGUAGAACGCCACGGCUCACGCCAUGGCUCACGCUUCUCCCAUGUAGAGACAAGGCUGGGCUCACGACGCUCCUGGACAGGCAGACGAUUUACAGUGGUAUGUACCAUUCCCAGAGGCUGCUUAUCACUUCUGGUGACUUCGAUCGGGACGAAGAAGGCACGACAUUGGAGCAGGUUGUUUUCCGAAAGCUGCAAGACUGGACACUCUCCAGCAUGUUUGGCUCAAAGCUGUCUCAGCCCUGCUCCAAGUCGGGUGCUCGCGUCCUCUUCACGCUCUCUUUUUCUGGCACACACAGCGAGCUUGAUCUCGGCAUCACUUGGACAGCCCCGGUGGAUUGGUCUCCGGCUCGGGCUCAGUUCUACACAAGCUGGUCCUUGGCUGGCAGCGGGAAUGCAAGGGGAUCCAUCGUCAUUUCGUUUCGGGCAAAUGAUGGUUCUUCCCGGGACUGUUACUCUCCAGGCAUCGAGGCAGCCGAGGAUGAUACCGAGCAGAAGAUCGCAAAGCUCCUGCGGCUGUGGAGAUUGCUCUGCGAGUUUCUAUUGCAACCCAGGCCAUAACUCUUGACGAUCCAUUACCACGAUGAUCGAUUCACAACCCAAGAGGGGGCUUUGCCAAGGACGAAACGCCGAGCAGCACGAAUGCGGGGGAUAAUCUCGUCUGGUGGGCGAUCUAACAAAAACGCCAUGGAUUUCGCAAAGACCCCUGUCAUAUGGUUCAAGUACAUGGUAUGAUUUUUUUAUUACGGGAACCCGGUUGCUGAGAUGAUGGCUAUCAGGUAAGUGUAGAGGUAAACCGUUGUAGAAGACCCGGGUUCGAUGCCGAAGGGUCCACUCAACAAGGACUUUUA